GUCUGCUGGUCUGCACGGACGGUUAUUUGUAAACGCCAUCAUGUGGUCUGUUGUCUUCCUUGCUGUGCUGCUCGUCGCAGGGGCAGUCGCUGACGACUCAAACCCUUGCGCCGCGCAGGGUGGGUCUCCCUAUGAUUACAAGCAGGCGCUAUGUAUGGGCAUUCUGUUCUACGACGCCCAGCGCUCGGGGCCGCUGGACGGCAGCGAACGCUUCGACUGGCGCGGCGACUCCGCCCUCGGCGACGGCAGCGAUAACGGCCUCGACCUCACGGGGGGCUACUACGAUGCUGGUGACCACGUCAAGUUUGGCUUCCCGAUGGCCUACAGCGUGACUGUCUUGUCCUGGGGCCUGCUGUCCUACCGUGCAGGAUACGAAGCUGCAGGACAAGUGACGGCUGCUGAGAACGCCAUCCGCUUCGGCACAGACUACUUCCUGAAGGCCCACUCCGCCAGCAUGACUUUGUGGGGCCAGGUUGGUGACGGUAACGCUGACCACGCGUACUGGGGUCGUCCUGAAGACAUGACCAUGGCACGACCCUCCUGGAAGAUCGACACCAACGCCCCUGGCUCGGACUUGGCCGGAGAAACGGCAGCUGCUCUUGCCGCGGCUUCCAUCGUCUUCUACAACUCCGACAACGCGUACUCGGUGCGUCUGCUUGAUGCCGCUAAGGACCUCUUCGCCUUCGCCGACCAGCACCGUGGGAAAUACUCCGAUUCCAUCCCCGCCGCCGCCAACUUCUACCAAUCAUUCAGCGGCUACCAGGAUGAGCUGGUGUGGUCCGCGGUGUGGUUGUAUAAGGCCACUGGAGACCAAACUUACGCUGACAAGGCCAAGUCCUUCUGGGACCAGUUCGGGACCGGCCAGUCCGGAUACGGCUUCGGUUGGGACAACAAGAAUUCCGGGGCAAUGGUGCUGAUGGCGGAGGAGUUCGGCGGUCAGUACACCAGCGCCCUGCAGAGCUUCAUGAACGACAUCCGCGGGUUCCCCACCACCCCUGGCGGGAUGGUCUUCAUCGAUCAGUGGGGCUCCCUCAGACAGGCCCUUAACGUCGCCUUCAUCGGCUUCAAGGCCGCUGACCUCGGCAUCGACUCGUCCACCAACAGGGCGUGGGCGGCCCGUCAGGUGGACUACGCCCUGGGCUCCGUUGGACACUCGUACGUGGUGGGCUUCGGCAACAACCCACCCCUGCGACCCCACCACCGCUCCAGCUCGUGCCCCUACCCCCCCACCUCGUGCACUGAUGGGUGGGCACAGAGUCAGUCUGGCCCCAACCCCCACACCCUCUACGGCGCCGUCGUCGGAGGCCCUGACCAGAAUGACGGCUACACCGACGAUCGUAACGACUACGUAAAGAACGAAGUGGCCUGCGACUACAACGCUGCCUUCACCGGCGACCUGGCGGCCAUGAUCGUCAACAACCUUUAAUAACCUGGCAACAACCUCUGAUGACCCGGCAACUAACCCUGAUGACCCGGCAACUAACCCUGAUGUCCCGACAACAACCUCUGAUGACCUGGCAACAACCUCUGAUGACCUGGCAAUAACCUCUGAUGACCCGGGAACCAAGGAUGAUGUAACUUGUAGUUUUAAAUAAAUUCAGGCGUUCAUUA